AGUUAACGCGUCAACCCAGCUAGAUAAAUAAAUGUUAAUGUCACGCAGACCCGGCACUCGGCAACGCGAUCGAGGAAGACACAGACGAGAAGCAAAACGAGCAGGCGUCUUUCACGGAACUUAGCGAUACUUCUAUCCGCAUUGCGGACGUUCAAAACUCCUUACACUUUCUCUGCAAUUUAGGACAGUAGUUGAAAGUGGUUAACAGCGCGCCAUCAUCGUUGGAGAGAUAAUUACCGUCAUCGAGGCAUUAGUACCUCCGUGCCGUAAAAGAUAAGAGUAACUUUGACUAGACUUAACUAGACUGCGGAUGUUAACGUAAAUUGAUAUUAUCACAGAUACAGAAAAGGAAAUUUAAAUAUAUAAACUAUAGUUUAUGUAUUUUUUUAUUUCUACACAUUUACCCAUAUUUCUACUUGCAAUAAGUGCACAAACAUCUGCAUUCUACUUAUAGUAUAACAACGAUCAAAUUAACACUAGUGAUUAAAAAUCAUUUUUGCAAAUACAUAUAUCUUCUACAUGAUUCGGUAUCCUGGUUAGGACGUACAUACACAUAACUUUGAAACAUAACACUUCCAAGAUGGAGAUCGAAUGCCUAAUCCUCGACCUGGGCUGACCAUUUCUCAUCUGGUCACAGUUCAACGGGAGCAGUUUGAAGACUAAUAAUUUUGUCACCCUACUCCAGGAAUCACGCAAACCAUAACAGCCAAUGGAAUGGUUUCCGAGAACUACAGAUGCAAACUACAUACAUUUGUAUAAAUAUCGUCGAGGAGUUAGUCUUUAUUUAAACGCGAUAUCCCGUUAUUUUGCGAAUUAAGAAAAAAUUAUUAAUGACCGAAACAUUACUGGAAAUUUCUAAUUCGUGAUAAAAAUCCUCCUCGACCUACUUCUUAGCAACGUUUAUCACACUGAGUUACAACACGUAAUGCCACGGUUGGUCAAAUUGAAACGUCAUAAACGACAUAUCAUUCGUGAACGUGCAGAAAUCUUUGAAAAAAUGAAAUGUCUAAUGACAUGCUCGUAUAUAUGAUGCGAAGACGGUCCCAAUGACUUUGCGUAAAAGAAAUUAAACGGUGUUAUUCCGAUUGUCAUCAGAUUUGUGAAAAGUAGGAAAGUUAUGUCACGAAGAUGCAGUUAUUCUACGCUGCACUAUUUAUAAAAACCUCUGCGUUUAAUUUCAAACAGAAGAUUCCAAGAACUUUGUAAGAUUUCCUAAAAGCAUUCAUAAAACCACCUUGUACAUACGUACGUAGAUGAAACACCGAGCACUGAGAUUCAGUUCUUUUGGAAACAAAAUGUUUCGUAGUGAAACAAAAAAUGGUAAGUUUAUAGUUACCGAUUCAGUUUUUAGAAGUUUGUUGAAUGACAAGGAGCAUUUCGAUAUUUUCCAUGAAGAAAUUUGAUGUGAGAAAAUGGCUGUACGAUUGGCGUCCGAUACGAUACGUACAUUAUAUGCCAUUCAGUGUAUCACAAAGGACAUAAGGCAUCGGUCACAGAGUCCAGUGUACAAAAACAGGACUCAAGAGCUGUGUAAAGUAGGAAAUGCUGGCCAAGUGUCUGCGAGAUCAUCUACAGAUUCGAUAAGCCACGAUACGUUGCCUUCAAAAUCGCUGAGUCGAAAUCAAAAACAGCGAGGUAAUCUAUCAAAAGACACAGCACUGGUUCACAAGGUUCACCCGAACGAUAGACCUUUACGCAAUAAUGUCCCCGAACGAGCGAAAUCCAGAGAACUGGAUGAUAUAUUGGCGAAAUGGAACAUCCACAAGCCAAACAAAUAGUUUCAAGAUAUUUUAAUCUUGACGGUAGUUGCAAGUAAAAUUUAAAAUCGUUAUAUCGAUGUACGUUACGUGAAUUUCUAAUCCGAAAUUUCCAUAAGUAAUAUGUGUAUUAUGUGAAAUAUGUAUUGUAAUAAUUGAUUAUCAUAAUCGUCGUGAAUCUUGUAAACAUAAAAGUUAAAAAAUUGCCAGCAAGUAUGUCAAGGUAGGGCAUUGAACAUUCCACAUUUAACAAUAUAAAAAUAAAAAUAAAAAUAAAAAUAAAAAUAAA